AUGGAUGGAUAUGAAGAAGAAGGUGAGAAUCAUCGGGAAGAACAUAAUGUUGAAGGUUCACGUCCGUUUAGAGAUGACGAUUUGGGGUAUAUGAAGAACGAUCCAAACUUUUGCGGAGAGGAAACCCUAGACGACGCUUUCAUGGAAGAAAAUGGAGAAUCACCCGACACCCACUUUGUCGUUGUAGAGGUUGUCGAUGAUUUCUAUUUGAGGAGAGAUACUUCCCUAUACUACGCAAACGAUUUGGGGCUUGGGUUGUUAACUCUAUGUACUUCACAAUUGACUGCAUGUUCUGAUAAUGCCAUGGAAGACAACCUUUUGCGCUCUCCUCCAUCCACGUUCCAAGUGAUCUUCUUUUUCUCUUCAUUGUAUCUAAUUGGAAUUGGGAGUGCUGGAUACAAGACCUGCCUACCGGCUUUCGGUGCAGACCAAUUUGACAAACUAAAUUCUAAUGAAUCCAAGUCCAACAGUUCAUUCUUUAAUUGGUGGAUGUUCGGACAAUCUGUUGGAUCAUACACUUCUCACUUGAUUUUAAACUAUAUCCAAGAUAAUUUGGGUUGGGGUCUUGCAUCUGGAAUUUCAUCCAUUCUAAUGGUUAUUGCCCUACUUGUUAUCAUGUCUGGAAUAAAAUCCUACCGCUACACUCUGAAAAAAGAUGCAGAUAAAGUGCAGGGAUCAAGGAAAGCCGGGACAUCGUCUAGUAUUACUAAGGUUGAAGAUGUAAAGGCUGUACUGCGGUUGGUUCUUGUAUGGAUUAUAUGUUUGAUGUACACAGUAGUGCAAGCUCAAGUGCACACCUUCUUUAUUAAGCAAGGGAGCACUAUGGACAGAUCGAUAGGACCAGACUUUCAUAUACCCUCAGCUUCAACUCAGAUCCUUUUCAGUACAUCCAUCAUGUUGUUUUCGGCAUCUUACGACCGUAUCUUCGUUCCAGUUACUCAAACUGGAAAUUCUAACGGUAUAGCUACACUUGAGAGAAUUGGGGUUGACAUAUUUAUUUCUACCAUAACAAUGGUUGUAGCAGGUAUAGUGGAGGAUAGGAGGCUUAGAAUUGCUCAAGAGUUUGGAUUAAUUGAUGAUCCAAAAGCAACAGUUCCUAUGGUUGUGUGGUGGCUGAUUCCGCAAUAUGUCUUGCCAGGUCUUGCUCUUGUAUUCACCGCUGUUGGUUUACAAAAAAUUUUCUACGAUCAAGUUCCCAAUGGGAUAAGGAGUGUAGGUCUGUCCCUGUACUCCACCAUGUUUGGCUUAGGAGAUUUCCUUAGUGUCUUCCUUAUAUCAGGCAUUCAGAAGGUAACUAGUGCAGGUGGUCAGCACGGAUGGAUAGCAACCAACAUCAAUCAGGCGCAUUUAGAUUACUUUUACUGGUUUCUAGCUGGACUUAGUGUAAUACAACUGGUUGCAUUCUUAUGUUUCUCAAAGUCCUAUGUAUAUAAGCAAGGUGCUCCAAUUAACCAUCAGUAA